GGCUCCAGUUGCCCUGACUUCUGCUUCAUGUCUUCUUUGGUUGGCGACGACAAAGCCUGCUCCCACAAUAAGAAACGUGGCCACAAGUUGUCAAAACUAACAGGUCGAGGAUUUUUUUUUGUUGUUGUUGCGCUGAGCAAGUUACAUCCGUUUUCCUGACUUCUAUCAAAAGUUUAAGAAGGGAGAGUUCAAAAGUUGACUUGUCAGAAAGUGGCGAAGAGGGACGAGGAGAGGAAGCCAACACCAGGACUACUGGAAACUCUACUCCUCUCUUGGACCGUGCUGUCAGCAUGACGGAGAAACCUCCACUGGACAGCAAUGAGGACAGAGCCUGGCUUGGCGAAGGUCAGUCGCAAACUCAGCUUACAAGCAUAACUCCAGAUCUGAGAGCAGAGACAUCUGAUGAAGACCGGCCAGCAUGGGACUCUAAGAUCCAGUAUGUGUUGGCCCAGGUUGGGUUCAGUGUGGGCCUAGGCAAUGUGUGGAGGUUCCCGUACCUUUGCCACCAAAAUGGAGGAGGGGCCUUCAUGCUGCUGUAUGUUUUUCUUUUACUGAUUGUGGGAGUUCCACUGUUUUUUAUGGAACUGGCAGCUGGCCAAAGCAUUCGCCAGGGAAGCAUCGGCGUUUGGAAACACAUCUCCCCAAAGCUGGCAGGGAUCGGUUACUCCAGCUGCAUGGUCUGUUUUUAUGUGGCUCUUUACUACAAUGUUAUCAUUGCUUGGAGCCUGUUCUACAUGGGUAAUUCUUUCCAGUAUCCUCUGCCAUGGGAGCAGUGUCCAAUUGAUGUAACUACCAAUGACACAGUGAAAGAAUGUGCAAGUUCUUCCCCAACGUCGUAUUUCUGGUUUCGGAAGGCUCUUAACAUCACAAAUUCCAUCCAAGAAUCUGGAGAGUUCAACCCCAUUAUGACAGGCUGUUUAUUGGCUGCUUGGGCAAUUGUCUCCUUGGCUAUGAUCAAGGGCAUCAAGUCGUCUGCAAAGGUGAUGUACUUUUCCUCAGUCUUCCCCUAUGUGGUGCUAUUUAUUUUCCUCAUCCGAGGGUUGAUGUUGGAUGGUGCGAUAGACGGUAUCGCCUAUAUGUUUUAUCCUAAACUGGAAAUCUGGGGUAAUGUGCAAGUGUGGCGGCAGGCUGCUACUCAAGUGUUUUUUGCCCUCGGAUUGGGCUAUGGCUCCGUCAUUGCAUAUUCCUCCUACAAUCCAGUCAACAACAACUGCCACAGGGACGCACUGAUGGUCUCCUGCAUCAACUUUAUGACGUCUGUGCUGGCCUCUCUAGUGGUUUUCGUCGUGCUGGGUUUCCGCGCCAAGAACAUCGCACUACGCUGUGUGGCUGAAAAUCUUGGUAUCCUAAACCUCAUGAUGUCCACUGAAUCUAAACAGCACUUGGUUCCUCCUGGCUGGCCUUGGAUUAACACGACGGAUCCAAGCUCUGUGUCUUUGGAUGUUUACAGAGAGUGGUACGCUCACCAUGGCGCCAUGGUGGGUCUUAACAUCACUGACUGCAGUCUGGAAAAGGAAAUGAAUAAGGGUGUUGAAGGCACAGGCCUGGCAUUCAUAGCAUUCACGGAGGUGAUGGCCCUUUUCCCUGCCAGCCCAUUCUGGUCUACACUGUUUUUCCUGAUGCUGCUCAACCUGGGCCUUAGCACCAUGUUUGGGACCAUGCAGGGAAUCCUCACACCUCUCAUGGACAAUUUUAGCCUCCUUGGGCGCCACCGGACCCUACUUACUGUGGCCAGUUGUGUUUUGGGGUUCUUAUUGGGACUGUUGUUCACUCAGCGCUCUGGCAACUAUUUUGUGACUAUGUUUGAUGACUACUCUGCAACUCUGCCAUUAGUCAUUGUAGUGAUCUUUGAAACCAUCAGUGUGGCAUGGGUUUAUGGAACAGACCGCUUCCUGGAUGACAUUGAAGUAAUGCUCAAUUGGCGCCCCCCAGUGGUGUACAAAUACCUGUGGAAAUAUGUUUGCUUGCUGGCUAUGGUUGGUCUUCUGGCUGCCAGUUUGUUGCGGAUGGUCUUCAAAGGGCCCACAUACACGGCCUGGAAUCAAAGCACAGCCUCUGAGAUGACUCUUGAGUACCCUGGCUGGGCCCUUGCUAUGAUUGUCAUGCUUAUAGUCUUUGCCAGCUUGCCUGUGCCCAUUCUCUAUAUCCAUUCCAUGUGGAAAAACCGAAGGCUACAUGAUGACCAUUCCGAGGAGGCAGCCAGCCAGGAGGUGCACCGCGAGUUGUAUACAAAGUGCAGCUCCACCGAGCAGCUGGAUUCAAACUCCCACCACCAAGUUCCUUCCGAUGAAGACGGGAAUCAUCCCAGGAUUACCUUCCUGCCGAUCGGCAGUGAACACUACCGGCUCCUGCCCCAGCAGGAGGAGGAAGAUGAGGAAGAAGAUACAGGGCUGUGAGCACGGCGGUGAGAGGAUCACUGUUCUGAAAAGACAAAAUGUUUAGUUGGUCCUCAGAGGUUAUGAGCAAGACCUUGCAAAAAAAUUGCAAAGUGAAGGGGGGGGGUGCAGAUGUGAAUAGAAUGAUUCUUUAUCCAAGGAAGAGUCUUUGGGUAUCACCAGUUUUAUCAUAUUCAGCAAGCUCUACAUUGGUGGUACAUAGUUUUUUUUAUCUAUUUAUAUCAUUGAAGGUGCAUUUACCAGUCAAAGCAGAAGUUUUUUUUAAAUUCUGUAAUGAUGUAACUACAUCUCCUCCUUGUACCUCCCUCCUAUUUGUUUUCUGAACCACUUGUACUGUUCAGAGGAUUAAAAAAAACAUCGCAAAUAUGCAAAAAAAAAAGAACAAGCUGCUAUAUUUGUUGAAACAUAGGAUUCAUUGAAGGUUUUAGAGUACAAAAUUGACCAGCCACCAGCAUGUCAAACUUGUUUUGUAUAUUGUUUCUGAUGACUUUAUUUUAUGUGUGAGUCAUAAGUAUGUUGGCCGGUGGCUGGUGAAUCAAGAAAGGCAGAAAUGGACAAAAGUGGGCUUUAUAAUGAGUAUUUUUAGCUAAAUGUCAAGUAUGGAUGUCAAGAUUGCAUGAAAACAUUGUACCUUGAGGAACUGUGUGUGUGUGUCUGUGUGUGUGUGUGUGCACAUUUUAGCAUUUGUGUUCUUCUGUUGUGUUCAAAUGACAAUUGUAAAUAUGUCAGAAACAUAACUGUAUUUUACCUUAUAUUUGUAUCAUUUUACCUCAUAAGACCACAGCAAUGUUUUUACAUGUGUUCAGUGUAGUGAUGAUGUACUGUACUAGAUGAGGACUUAAAUAAACCUCUAGAUGGCAGCAACCUGA